GCGGAUCGUCGGUACGUAGCCUUGCAUCAUCACGUGGAAAAGCGGGAUUGUGGCCCGUGCCCCAGGCGUGUUCCCGGUCCAGAGCAGCCUCCAGACAGUCAGCCAGUCAACCAGUCAACCGACCUGCGGUUCCUGAUGCAGCCUGUCCUGUCUGCCACCCUGCCGUUCGUCCUCGCCCAUCAAUCCAUCAACCUUCCGCCAUCCCCUUAUCGCCCCAGACCUCUCUGCUCAACACCUGCCCCAGUGCAUACUCCAGAACUCCCAUUUCCCUCGCGCUCCGCAACCAAGUCACCAUGAAUCCCGAAUACGAUUACCUCUUCAAACUGCUCCUCAUCGGUGACUCCGGUGUUGGAAAGUCCUGCUUGCUCCUGCGAUUCGCCGACGACACUUACACCGAGUCCUAUAUCUCUACAAUCGGUGUUGACUUUAAAAUCCGGACGAUCGAGCUCGACGGCAAGACGGUGAAGCUGCAGAUUUGGGACACCGCAGGUCAAGAGCGUUUCCGAACCAUCACCUCUUCUUACUACCGGGGUGCCCACGGCAUCUGCGUCGUGUACGAUGUCACCGACAUGGAUUCGUUCAACAACGUGAAGCAAUGGCUGCAGGAGAUCGACAGAUACGCCACCGAGGGCGUCAACAAGCUUCUGGUCGGAAACAAGAGCGAUAUGGCUGACAAGAAGGUCGUGGAUUACACAGUUGCCAAGGAGUUCGCUGACAGCCUGGGCAUCCCCUUCCUCGAGACCUCGGCCAAGAACGCCAGCAACGUCGAGCAGGCCUUCCUGACCAUGGCCCGGCAAAUCAAGGAGCGCAUGGGAACCACAGCCACCAACAACACAAAGCCGAACGUCCAGGUCGGCCCCGGCCACGGCGUCUCGCCCGGCUCCAGCAACAGCUGCUGCUAAGCGCCCACGCCCUCCACCGUCUCGACAACUUUGUAUAAGUACCGCGAUCAUCGCCAGAGUUCUUUUGGGAAUCCACACACUCCGGACCGUCACGAGAUGUGGGAUAUACACGAGACGAGCAGGGUAGUCAGGAGUGCUGAUUUGGGGGUCGUUUUGGGAUCCGGAUUGCGACUUUGCCCUGUUUCGUGGUUUUCCCGCUUGCUUUUCUGCGCAUAGAUUGAAGUGGUGACUGGGCGCCUGGGGCUCUAUUCUACCGCCCGGGGGCCCUGUGCACGCGGCACAAGGCGUCAUGAUGGACGGGCAACCAGGUAGCUCAUGAGACGGUACUGCUACGUCAUGUCAUCCUGUGGCGGACUGGUCAUGAAAGAGGAGGUCCGCUACGAAAGGCGAAUUUUCACACAUAAUACAUACACCACAGCUGGAGUUUUCUUGUCGUUUUGUCUGUUGUGACUUUUUUACUUGCUUCUUUUUCUUUCUCUGAUGCGUCCUUCUGCCUGUUUCUAGGAGUACUUUUAUGACUUGGUCUUCGAGGAUAGGAUCAUAGCAACGUUCAAUGCGAAUGGGCAUUCCGGAGAAGCUGUGAAGAAGGCCUGCAUGGCGUGCACAUACCCCAAGGUCCGGGGUCCGGGUAGUAUGCCCGGCUAUCUGCCAAUGGAAACCCUUCGGGAAGGAGGCAGGUAUCUAGAUACGGGCUGGGCUCCCGCCGAGCACAAGAGUUGCUCGACAGAGUCGUUCAUCUUGUGUCGUGAAGUACCUACAUGUAGGAGACUAAUAUGUGUAUGUAUGGGCUAGACCAGAGAUGAGUACCACGUGUGCUAGAUAACCAUGGUCGAGGGCACCGUAUAAAGGCUCCCGAGACCUGCCUUGCUGGCUGGAUGUCGACAGGAUACGGAGCUCUGAGAGUACAUGAGUGAUUUUGUUCCUAAUCCCCAUACAUAUAAAAUGUGUGUUGCAA